CUUUGCGCCAAUCCUACGAGAACUCCCGGAACUCCGCUUCCCUAGUCCAACCCACGCCAGAGUUGCCCACACCUAAGAUGGCGGCGGGGGCGGAGUCGGCGCGGCCGCCUCUGGGCGGGACCGCGGCACUAGACGUGGCCGCUGGGCGGUGUCAUCGCCCUCGCCCCGCCCGGUCCAGCCAGCUCGGCCCAGGGGCUUCGGGCUGUCGGGCCGGCGCGCACUUCUCUGCCAGGUGGCGAGUACACCUGCUCCACGUAGGCGUCAUGAGGUCUCCGGUUCGAGACCUGGCCCGGAACGAUGGCGAGGAGAGCACGGACCGCACGCCUCUUCUGCCGGGCGCCCCACGGGCCGAAGCUGCUCCAGUGUGCUGCUCUGCUCGUUACAACUUAGCAAUUUUGGCGUUUUUUGGUUUCUUCAUUGUGUAUGCAUUACGUGUGAAUCUGAGUGUUGCGUUAGUGGAUAUGGUAGAUUCAAAUACAACUUUAGAAGAUAAUAGAACUUCCAAGGCGUGUCCAGAGCAUUCUGCUCCCAUAAAAGUUCAUCAUAAUCAAACGGGUAAGAAGUACCAAUGGGAUGCAGAAACUCAAGGAUGGAUUCUCGGUUCCUUUUUUUAUGGCUACAUCAUCACACAGAUUCCUGGAGGAUAUAUUGCCAGCAAAAUAGGAGGAAAACUGCUGCUAGGAUUUGGGAUCCUUGGCACUGCUGUCCUCACGCUGUUCACUCCCAUUGCUGCAGAUUUAGGAGUUGGACCACUCAUUGUACUCAGAGCACUAGAAGGACUAGGAGAGGGUGUUACAUUUCCAGCCAUGCAUGCCAUGUGGUCUUCUUGGGCUCCCCCUCUUGAAAGAAGCAAGCUUCUUAGCAUUUCAUAUGCAGGAGCACAGCUUGGGACAGUAAUUUCUCUUCCUCUUUCCGGAAUAAUUUGCUACUAUAUGAAUUGGACUUAUGUCUUCUACUUUUUUGGUACUAUUGGAAUAUUUUGGUUUCUUUUGUGGAUCUGGUUAGUUAGUGACACACCACAAAAACACAAGAGAAUUUCUCAUUAUGAAAAGGAAUACAUUCUUUCAUCAUUAAGAAAUCAGCUUUCUUCACAGAAGUCAGUGCCGUGGGUACCCAUUUUAAAAUCCCUGCCACUUUGGGCUAUUGUAGUCGCACACUUUUCUUACAACUGGACUUUUUAUACUUUAUUGACGUUAUUGCCUACUUAUAUGAAGGAGAUCCUAAGGUUCAAUGUUCAAGAGAAUGGGUUUUUGUCUUCAUUGCCUUAUUUAGGCUCUUGGUUAUGUAUGAUCCUGUCUGGUCAAGCUGCUGACAAUUUAAGGGCAAAAUGGAAUUUUUCAACUUUAUGUGUUCGCAGAAUUUUUAGCCUUAUAGGAAUGAUUGGACCUGCAGUAUUCCUGGUAGCUGCUGGCUUCAUUGGUUGUGAUUAUUCUUUGGCCGUUGCUUUCCUAACUAUAUCAACAACACUGGGAGGCUUUUGCUCUUCUGGAUUUAGCAUCAACCAUCUGGAUAUUGCUCCUUCGUAUGCUGGUAUCCUCCUGGGCAUCACAAAUACAUUUGCCACUAUUCCAGGAAUGGUUGGGCCCGUCAUUGCUAAAAGUCUGACCCCUGAUAACACUGUUGGAGAAUGGCAAACCGUGUUCUAUAUUGCUGCUGCUAUUAACGUUUUUGGCGCCAUUUUCUUUACACUAUUCGCCAAAGGUGAAGUACAAAACUGGGCUCUCAAUGAUCACCAUGGACACAGACACUGAAGGAACCAAUAAAUAAUACUGCCUCUAUUAAUGUAUUUUUAUUUAUCAUGUAACCUCAAAGUGCCUUCCGUAUUCUGUAAGCAUUCUAUGUCUUUUUUUAAUUGUACUUGUAUUAGAUUGUUAAGGCCUGUAAUCAUGAAAUAUCACUAGUUGCCAGAUUAAUAAAAUGAACCAUGUUUAAUUAUGAAUAAUAUAUAUGCUAGGACUUCUACUUUAGGUUCACAUACCUGCCUACAAGUCGGGCAACAUGAAGUAGGAGAGUUCUGUUGAUUUUUUAGGGCCAUACUAAAGGGAAUGAGCUGAAAAGACCUCCUAAUACCUUUGCUUAAUUAAACUAGAUGAUAAUUCUCAGGUACUGAUAAACACCUGCUGUUGUUCACUUUCCUCAUAAAAAUUGUCAGCUCUCACUGACACUUAGAUAUCAAACUUUGGCAUCUCUGUGGAGCUGCCAUCCACUGUAUAAUUUGGCCUGGCAACUGGACUGAGGGGAGUGUGCCCAGGCAGCUGCCAAGCACUCCCUCCCUGGCUUCAGGGUCAGAAUGCCCAGCGUUUAUCAGAGGCUGCAUCCAAGCCCAGAGCCAGUGUCGACUCUUCGGCUGGUGCCUUUCCUCUGAGGGGCUAUUAAUGUGUAGAUAAAGCCCUGAGUAGGCAAGAACAGUGAGAUCCACUGCUGUGGUCUUGAUACAUCCUCAAACUUUCCCUUCCCAGCACAGAGGAAUAUCAGCUGGCAUGCAACCUGCAAAAGAAAAGUGCGAAGCAGCCGGGCAUGGUGGCUCACGCCUGUAAUCCCAGCACUUUGGGGGGCUGAGGCGAGCGAAUCAUGAGAUCAAGAGUUCAAGACCAGCCUGGCCAGCAUGGUGAAACCCCAUCUCUACUAAAAAUACAAAAAAUUAGCUGGGUGUGGUGGUGGGCGCCUGUAAUCCCAGAUACUCAGGAGGCUGAGGCAGGAGAAUCUCUUGAACCCAGGAGAUGGAGGUUGCAGUGAACCAAGAUUGUGCCACUGCACUCCAGCCUGGGCAAUGGAGCAAGACUCUGUCUCAAAAAAAAAAAAAAAAAGAAAAAAGAAAGAAAAGUGCAAUGCCUAGUCAAUCACAAAUAAGAUCAUCCUGGUUUAAAUCUACUCUCACGUGGAUCACAGUAUAAAUUUCUAUGUGCUGUGUUUUGUUUGUGUCUUGUAGAGAUGGGAUCUCGUUUUGUUGCCCAGGCUGGUUUUGAACUCCUGGCUUCAAGCGAUCCUCCUGUCUCGGCCUCACAAAGUGUUGAGACUACAGGCAUGAGCCACUGUGCCCAGCCUGUUCUGUGUUUUUAAGCUACACGAGAAUUUUUUUAAAAAUUAAUUCUCACUGUUUGUUCAGUCUGUCUUCAUCUAAGUUUGUGGUUGCAGUUUAAAGUUAAAGUGACUUUUAAAGGCCACAUCACCUGAGACUAGGGUGAUCAUCUUUACUUCUGGUUCCUGAAAUCAUAUUUUUCCAGUGGACCAUCCUCCAGUGGUUAUGGUUGUUGAGCAUGCUUUCAGAACACCUAUGUGGCUUAAAACUUAGUUUAUGUUUUGUGUUCAACACUACCUGUAAUAUUUUAAAACUGUUUAAUGUGAUGUGAAUACAUUUAUGUAAAUUUAUUUUUAAAUUUGUAAAUAGCUUUAAAUUGCUAUGGCAAUGUUUCUUUCAUAAAUCAUCAAAAUAAACCUUUGUGAAUUGA